AUGGCAGAGAAGAUCCUGGUGACCGGUGGAGCCGGCUACAUCGGCAGUCACUGCGUGCUGGAGCUGGUGGAGGCUGGCUACGUCCCCGUGGUCAUAGACAACUUUCACAACGCCAUCCAAGGGGCAGACGCGCUCCCCGAGAGCCUGCGGCGCGUGCAGCAGAUCGUGCGCCAGCCCAUCCUCUUCCAGGAGCUGGACAUCACCGACGAGGCAGCACUGCAAGAGCUCUUCAGUAAGCACCGUUUCUCAGCCGUGAUGCACUUUGCGGGGCUGAAGGCGGUGGGGGAGUCUGUGCAGAAGCCCCUGGAGUACUACAGGGUGAACCUCACCGGGACCAUCCGCCUGCUGGAGACCAUGAAAGCCCACGGCGUGAGGAACAUCGUGUUCAGCAGCUCUGCCACCGUCUACGGAGACCCCAAGUACCUGCCCCUGGAUGAGAACCACCCGGUUGGAGGCUGCACCAACCCCUAUGGCAAAUCCAAGUACUUCAUCGAGGAGAUGAUUCGGGAUCUCUGCAAAGCAGAGAGGGACUGGAACGCCAUUCUCCUGCGCUAUUUCAACCCCAUCGGUGCCCACGAGUCGGGAAUGAUUGGAGAAGAUCCCCAGGGGAUCCCAAACAACCUCAUGCCCUACGUGGCGCAGGUGGCAGUGGGACGCCGGGAAUUCCUGAAUGUGUUUGGGAACGACUACAAGACGGACGAUGGGACGGGCGUCAGGGAUUACAUCCACGUGGUGGAUUUGGCCAAGGGCCACAUCGCUGCUUUGAAGAAGCUCAAGGAGAACUGCGGCUGCAAGAUCUACAACCUGGGCACAGGCACCGGCUACUCCGUCCUGCAGAUGGUCCGGGCCAUGGAGAAAGCCUCAGGGAGGGAGAUCAAGUACAAGAUCAUGGCCCGGCGGGAGGGAGACGUGGCCUCCUGCUACGCCAACCCGGCGCUGGCCGAGCACGAGCUGGGCUGGAAAGCUGCCUUCGGCCUGGACAAGAUGUGCGAGGACCUGUGGCGGUGGCAGCUGCAGAACCCCACAGGCUUCAGCAAGAACUGA